CACCCUCCUAUCUAUAAUCCCUAAAUCAUCAUCAUCAUGAGAUCAACAACAACAACAACAACAAAAAAUGGUGGAGCGUUAGAGUGGAACUUCUACGCGAUCCCUCGUCUCUCCCCCUUUCCCUACCAUUAUCCCUCUCCACUCUUGAUUCCUUUCCCCCCACCCACCCCACUCCUCCGCCGCCCUCUCUCUCUCUCUCCGCCACCGCUUCCGCCGGCAAAGAAACCCAAUAAUAGCUUAGCUCCACCCACCCCACCCUCCUCAAACUUUCUAGAUCCGCCCAAUUCUCUCUCGAGUCAUGGGCAACAUCAGCAGCAGCGGCGUGAACGGCCGGCGGAGGCACGGUAGCCGCCGGAGCCACCCUCCCCCACAGCCGCCUCCUCCAGCCACGCCGCAGCCGGAGAUCAGCGCCAACCGAUACGUAUUCGCCGCCGCCACGCCUUACCCACCCUCGCCGAAUCCGAACGCUCCACCGCCUCCACCUCCUCACCCUCACCCUCCUCCUCCUCCUCCCUCGUACUACCACCAGUACCCGGGCUACUACCCGCCGCCACCUCCUGCCAUGCCCCUCCCGCUGCCGGCGCCGUACGAUCACCACCACCGCCCCGACCACGCCCACUGGGUCGGCGGGAGGUACCCCUGCGGGCCCAUGGUGCAGCCCCCGGCGCCUUAUGUCGAGCACCAGAAGGCGGUCACGAUUCGAAACGACGUCAAUUUGAAGAAGGAAACGCUGAAGCUGGAGCCCGAUGAGGAGAAUCCAGGGAUGUCUCUGGUUACCUUCACUUUCGAUGCUACUGUUGCUGGAAGCAUCACCAUUAUAUUCUUUGCAAAGGAAGGUGAUAACUGUGUCCUGACACCAACAAAGGAAGAUCUUUUCCCAUCGGUGACAGUUAGUUUCCAGCAUGGUCUGGGGCAAAAGUUCCGGCAGCCAUCUGGAACAGGGAUCGACUUCUCAAAGUUUGAGGAACGGGAGCUGCGCAAGGUGGAAGGUGAAAUGGACAUUUAUCCGCUUGUGGUGAAGGCAGAGGCAAUGCCCGCCAGCCAGAGUGGGCCAGAUGGGAAUCAAACGCCUGGGAUCUCUAAUUCUCAGAUAACUCAGGCGGUGUUUGAGAAGGAGAAAGGCGAGUACCAAGUCAGGGUAGUGAAGCAGAUUCUGUGGGUGAACGGGAUGCGUUAUGAGCUGCAGGAGAUAUACGGGAUUGGAAACACAGUUGAUGGUGAUGCCGAUGCAAAUGACCCUGGUAAAGAAUGUGUCAUUUGCCUCUCGGAACCACGUGAUACUACUGUUCUUCCUUGCCGACACAUGUGCAUGUGCAGCGGUUGUGCGAAGGUGUUGAGGUUCCAAACGAAUCGUUGCCCGAUCUGUAGACAACCAGUCGAGCGGCUUUUAGAGAUUAAGGUUAAUAAUGGCACAGAUGAAUAGGUGCCUGCCCAAAGCAAGGAAGCAGCAGUAGCUGCUGAAGUGUUUUUAUCUGUUUGUUGUAUAGUAUUACGGUAUUGUUUUCGCUUCUCCAGGUCAAGGGCAUAAUUUUCUGUGUUUCGGGUGUGUUUUGGUUUGCUGGCAUUCUAAUAAGAGAAGAUUGAUUGAGAGACCAAGUAUUAAGCAAUUGGCAUUUGGAUCUGAAAUAUGUUAAGCCAGUAAUGGCUUCUACAUAGCAGUUGGGUGUAGCUUAGUUACAACUUACAAGUUUGUUUGGCACUUUGGCCAGGAAACACACCCUUACGCAGAGUCUGGUUUACCUUAUAUGCGGGUGUAGGACCUAGGAAUGGUAAUGUGCAGGUGGGGCGGGUUUUUUUAUACAAAGACCCGCCCCGUGGUAGGGUGGGUAAUUUAUUACGGGUCGCUAGUCGGGGUAGGUCGAUACAAUGAGUAUGCAAUUUAUAUGAAAUUUCAAGUAA